AGCUUUAAAUGGAAUUGGAAGCUUUGCUUUCUAAUCAGUGAUACAUUGGUGACAGCAUGGCCUAGACAUGCAUUAUCUGGGGAAUACGCUGUAUUCAGUUAUUGGAUGUGUUUUAUUGUCAACCGCAUUUAACGUUCUGUCUAGUGCGUUACUACCAGACGAACAAGCCCUCCUACAAAAGAUCUUUACGGACCAGCAAUAUGACAACAGUGUUAGACCUGUGUACAACUCCUCCAAGAAUGUAGAGGUCCAGUUUGGCUUUACUCUCAUACAAAUCAUGGACAUGGAUGAAAAGAACCAACUUCUUGUUUUGAACGCAUGGUUGGAAAUGCAAUGGAAAGAUGAAAGAAUUGGUUGGAAUAUCAGCGACUACAAUGGUUUGGAAGUUGUCCGUCUACCAGCUAAACACCUCUGGCUUCCAGACAUAGUACUGUACAAUAACGCCGAUGACUACACUGCUGGGUUCAUGCCAAUCAAUGCAAUGGUGGAUUUUAAUGGAACAGUUUUCUGGCCUCCACCAGCGAGACUGAAAAGCUCAUGUAAAGUGGAUAUCACAUACUUCCCAUUUGAUCACCAGGUGUGUAAAUUGAAAUUCGGCAGCUGGUCCUAUGACAAAGCUCAAGUUGACCUACUUACCAAGAGUGGAGUGGUAGAAGUCUCGCGUUAUGUAACGAAUGGGGAAUGGAUGCUGACAAGAUAUGAAAUCGUCAGAAAUGAAGUCGUCUACCCAAUAAGUCCAGCUAUAUAUCCUGAUGUUACAGUGAUAGUGACUAUUCAACGGCGUAUCUUGUACUACGUGUUGAAUAUACUGUUUCCCUGCUUUUGGCUCAAUAUUCUCAGCGUACUUACGUUCUGUCUACCACCCGAUGCAGGGGAGAAAAUCACACUCAGCAUCACUGUUCUACUGUCAUAUUCUGUGUUCAUGUUACUUGUAGCGGAGUCCAUGCCACCAACAUCAGAGUUCGUCCCUUUAAUAGGCAAGUAA